UUUAUAUGUUCAGAAAUGGCUAAGCAGAAAGCGAGAGGAGAAGGAACCCUAACAUGAAAAGAUGGACUGAAACCAGAACCCUAGCAGGUAGAAGAAGAUCUGCUUUUGUGCACAUCGGAUAAUUCACCCAUCGUCAACGCCCACCACCAGGUUAUCUACAUCCACAACUAAAGGGAUUAAGAGGGGAAAGAAAAACCAAGAACCAUUCUCCAACUUCCAAACCCGAGAGCUGGACGGGAUCCCCGAAAUUUUCAGCGGAAUUUUUCCCACUGGAACCAACCGAAGUGGGGACGAAACACGCGUCGGACUCUAAGGAAAUAGGAAUUGCGAAUUGGAGGGUUUGUCGAUGAAAUUCAAGCACCUGAUACGGUAAGGAUUUGGGCUAUGGGUGACGUUGAAAAUUCUACAUUCAGUGGGUGAUUCUACGGUAUUCAAACUCAAGGGCAACGCGAGUUCGUUCUUAGGGUUGAUCUUCCGCGCAGGAGAAGAGGGCAACCGUUUACCCUUUUUUCAGUUGCAGACUUUCAGUCUGAUUGUUUUUCUUUUGCCCAUAUUUCUGCAAGAAACAAUCAUGCACGCUAGGCACCGCAGUCCAGGCAGUGGGGUCAGGUCAAUGGGAAUGGGACUUGCUGCGAGUCGGAUCUCACCAGAAGGUUCAGUAAGGGGUCAUGGAAUGUACAGCAUGGAAUACCGGCACCACAAUCGCAGCUUUGGGCGUGGCCCACCAAAACCUUAUCCACCAACUCAGCCGCCCCGGAGAGGGGACAUUUUCAUGGAAGCUGGUCGUCUCGCAGCUGAAUAUUUGGUUUCUCAGGGAUUAUUACCUCCCAAUGUACUUUUGGCAAAGUCACAGAAUGGUAGUUUGAAAAAUCAUAUUGAGGAUUUACAUGAGUUUAGGUCCCAAGAUAGAGAAGGCAUGCAGCUACCUCCUGAGGGCAGAAUGUCAGCCCUUGCUCGCCUUGGGAAUGUUGUUCCCGAUGCAGGUUCUGGCAGGAGAAGAUACAGUGAGGAAUUCAAUCUGACGGGCUCAAGAAAUCAUGCGAGAGGAAAGAGGAGGAUGGGACCUUUUAGAGGUUAUGUUUCGGAUUGGAGCAGUGGAAGGAGUGGGCCAUGGUCUGACAAAGCUAAGUUUUUGCAGGAUAUGGAGGUUGAGGAUGAUUUUGUUUCUGGAUGUCAUAGAGAUCAGAGACCUAGUAUAGAAAUUGCUUCUGGGACCCCAAAGGUUGUUUCCAGUGAACUGAACUUGAAAGGUGAUACUGCAUGCGACUCAGAAUCUGAACUAGAGACUAAUGAGUUCCCUGAUGAUACGGGAUCCAAGGCAAGUUCUUCUAGCACCUGGAAAGAACUUCCUCCCGAGACUGAGGGGGAAAUUUCCAAGUGGUCUGAUGAUUCAAGGGUUUUUAGUAUGGAAACUGGAGAGGUGAAGGAUGGCUCAAGUAACGAUGACAUUGACAAACAAGGAAGUGAUGACAUAGACAAACAAGGAAGUGACGAAGAUUUCACUAUGCACUGUUCACCCAUAGAGGGAGAUCCAGUGAGAGAGAAUGGCAGUGAUUUGCUAAAGCUAUUCAGCUUUACCAAAGUACCUACCAGAACCCGUUCUGCCUUGGCAUAUAAGGGGUCAAAGGUUGAUCCGGUUCCAUUGGGUGGAAAGGGAAACACAUCUGAUAUUGCAAUCGCAAAAACACACUUUAUUGAAGGCACUUUGAGUGCUACUCUGACAAAUCAUAUGGACAGUUCAAAAGGCAUUGAUUCUGACAUUUCUGGAGCUCCUGCUGUCCAGUUUGUAGAGGAUACUGGAGACUUGAAUUCUGAAUGCUCUAUGGGCAGAGGUAAAUGCAGGAGGUCUCAAUCUUUCCCGGAAGAAUCUUUCACGCAGCAUGAACAGGAAUCGGGUCAGGGGCUGUCUGCAUUUGGAAGAUCCAGCUCUAUGAGCAAGUUAAGUGGUGAGAAAAGAACUGGAGAACAUGAUGACAUGAGGGAGGGAACCAAGAAACAAAGAGAAUGGCCUUUAUCCAUGGUCACAGAGAUUGACGAGUCCUUCCACCUUCACAAUCUGAGUGUGAAGCAGCAAUCAAGUUUGCAUGGGGAGAGCCUUUCGCCCGAUGAGGAGGUGGUGGAAGCUGUUGGCCAGGAGAGCUCGGUGGAUGUUGCUCUUUUUCCAAAAGGUGGAGCUGAAUCCGGUAUUGAGUUCAGGGAAGAGAAGCAGCUUUUUCCUAGUUCAUUUAAGAUCUGUGACCUUAACCUCAUGGAGGCUUCUGAUAUGAAUGAGGGCCAUGACAGUGAUCCGAUUCUUGGCCUGGCCUCCACGUUGGAAAUGAAAAAGGAGGCAUCAGUGGAUGUUGGUUUAUCAAUAAGUAAUACUUGCAAUAGAUCUGAUGACUAUGAUAGAUGUUUGUCUGAUACUAAAGAGGCUGCAACAGUUGAUGCGACAAAUGAUUCUGUUAAAGAAGGCAGAUCGUUCAGUACUGCAGAGAGAAAUGCCCAUGAUGCUUGCACCCCGUGCCUUGAAGAUGAUGCCUCUCCUUUUUGGAGUGGAACAGUGUAUUCAAGCCUUGAAAACUUUCCAAACCACACAGAGAGUACGGGUGAUCUUCCUGAUGUCCAGGAUGGUUAUGGUCUCAUGAUUUCUGAGUUGCUCGGCACUGAUAUCUCAAAUUGUUCAUCAGUACAAACAAAUAUUUCUGGUCUGCAUACUGAAAUGAGUCUUCAUAAUGGAGAGGGGAUUCUAGGUGACGAUGACCCAAUAUAUCUAUCUCUGGGAGAAAUACCAAUAAGUAUGCCAGAUAUUUAGUUGAAUGGUUUUCUAGGAGGCUGGGAGCAGCCUACACAGGAAUAUGGAAAGCCUUUCUGAGCCUCGUGUUCAUCAAAUGUCCUUUUCCUUGGCCUGUAUCCAGACCUUUCUUGUAUCUCUCUUGAUGAAUGUAAUAUUUGAAGUUUUGGUUCUAGAUGCUGGUAUUGCUCGAGUUACUAUCGUAUCAUCUAGGUGCUACUCUCUACCAAAGUCAUGUACAAGUAUCUGAUUCUUAAGAAAUAGAAGUUGCUGUUAUAAAUUCGAUUCCUUUAA